UGCCUAAAUACAAGCUUGCAAAGAUUUGCUUACUCUUGCAAAUGUCUCUCUGUACAGGGGGCCCGUGAGGCAUUUUUUUCAAUGAAAUAAAAAAGGAGGUAGUGAGGCAGAAAUGCUGCUUUCAGCGUUUCUCUGACAGAAAAAAUAAGCUUGCUGUCUGUUUUCUACACUUACUUUUGCAUUUGCCAGUGGAUGCAUUGCCAACUAUAUUUGGCUGCUCCAACUAUAGCUAUGAAUAAAACGACUGUGUAUGAAUUUACUGUUGAAACUCUAGAUCAUGUUGAAAUAUCACUGGAAAAGUACCAAGGCAAAGUACUUCUAAUCACCAAUGUGGCAACCUUCUGAGACUCAACUACUGAGCAGUACCACCAACUGAAUGCACUAAUGGGCCGUUUAGCAGGAACAGAUUUCACUGUUUUGGGAUUUCCCUGUAACCAAUUUGGUCUCCAAAGUCCAGAGAACAGUGAAGAAAUUCUGAAUUUGCUGAAACAUGUCAGACCAGGUAAUGGAUUUGUGCCACGCUUUCCAAUAUUUGGCAAAACUGAAGUAAAUGGAGGCAAUGGAUCCCCCUUGUACAAAUUCCUUAAGGAAUCCUGCCCUUUCAUAAAUCCAAGCUUGGGAGACCGAAAUAAGUUAUACUGGACUCCGCUUACAGUGAAUGACAUACGGUGGAAUUUUGAAAAAUUCCUAAUUGAUGGUUAUGGAGUACCAUACAGCAGGCAAGAGAAGUUUGUUCAAAAAGUAGUGGAGAUGUGUGAUAAACAAAACAUGAUGGAGACAGAGAUUUAUAUGCUGAUUAAGAUUGUUUCUGGUGUUAGUGGGAAUAUUGCACUUGCAAAUAUUUAUGAGAUCAAGGACAACCAGGUCUCCAUUAGCAUUGUAGACUAG